CACCCAGCACUACAAUGUCGUUGAAACUUGUUAUUUAAUGAGCCAGUUUGUUUAUUUUUUUCAAAACUUAUUUAUUAGGUUUAUACAACGUGCAGCUGGUGUAUAAAAGCAAUAUCACAAAUAUUCUUGUUCUGAGUACUUAAGAUAUUCACUAUUAUUAGUGGGUAUUCUUUUAGUGCAAGAAGUGAAUAAUAUGUCAGCUUCCAGCAGUUCCCAAGCUGCGACUACUGUUACUUCAGUGAACGAUGUCAGUGCCCUGUUUCAGAAUGAAAAAAAAUAUGAAGAACUAAAUAUUAUUGGAACAGGCGCUUAUGGCACGGUGUACAAGGCGCGGGACCUGCACAACUCGGGUCAGAUAGUGGCGAUGAAGAAGGUCCGCGUGCCGCUCACGGAGGACGGCAUGCCGCUCUCCACCGUCAGGGAGAUAGCGCUACUGAGGCAGCUGGAGGCGCACAGGCACCCUAAUAUUGUCAGACUGCUGGACGUGUGCCACGGGGGGCAGGCAAUGGACCGCGAACAGCUGGUGCUGUACCUGGUGUUCGAGCAUGUUGAGCAGGACCUGGACUCGUACCUCAGCCGGGCUCCGGGGCCGCUGUCGCAGGCCAGGAUCAGGUGCAUGUCGUACGACAUCCUGUCGGGCAUCGACUUCCUGCACUCGCACCGCAUCGUGCACCGCGACCUCAAGCCGCACAACCUGCUGGUGACGAGCGCGGGGCGCGUGAAGGUGGCGGACUUCGGGCUCGCCAAGACUUACGACACCGAGAUGAAGCUCACCAGCGUGGUGGUGACGCUGUGGUACCGGCCGCCGGAGGUGCUGCUGGGCGUGUCGUACAACACGGCGGUGGACGUGUGGUCGUGCGCCUGCGUGCUCGCGCAGCUGCACUCGCGCCGCGCGCUGCUUCCCGGCGCCGCCGACACCGACCAGCUGCACCGCAUCUUCCGGCUGAUCGGCCGUCCGCCGCGCGAGCAGUGGCCGGAGAACGUGUCGGUGAUGAUCGACAGCUUCCCGGACUACGAGCCGCAGGACCUCGCCGACGUCAUCCCCGGGAUCACGCCUCUCGCACUCGACUUGAUCAAGGGUAUGCUGGUGUUCGAGCCGUCCAAGCGUCUGACCGCCAUGGACUGCCUCGAGCAUCCGUACUUCACUGAAGAACCGCUUAUGUAAUGACGACCGAUGCACCUGCUCGUGAGGUGUGGACAGCAGACGUAUGAGGACCAACUACCAACUACGGAAACCAGAUAAGUCAAGUUUUGAAGUGAAUAAAUGUAAUAGGAGCCUUAGAAGAUCAAUACUUAAUACCGCCUCGUCACCAUGAACGCUCGAGUCUUUGAAACUUUGAGUAGCCCAUUGAAAUGUUCAUGAGCUUUGCAUUUUUUAGAGGACGCAAUUUUAUUUUUGGGACAUGUGUGGGGGGUCAAUAGAUGCUU